GGUCCCACAAACCAACUACCCCCACCUGGGCGCGAGAUGCAUCACCACCACCUACCUGCUCUUCUUCUCCCCGUUCAUCUCCAGUCAGCCCAUGGGUAUGGUGGACUGAUUGGCAGCAUAUAUCUCUACGUUGUGCGGAAGAAGAGGAGGGCGAUUGAGAGAAUCGAUGGCGGCGAAGAGCAUCGCCGAUGUCGGAGCGGAGGACAUGGUUCACGUCGGACUCUCCCCGGAGGAAGCCGCGUCCCUCCACAGGCAUCUGGAGAACGCGAUUUCUCUGUCUCGCCGUCAUCCGCCAGGAUUGGACCCCCAGGUGGUUUGGCGGGAAAUCACUGCUCGGAAGUUGCUGAAGCCGACGCAUCCCCACGCGCUGCACCGGCUCCUCUACACCUCCGUCUACAGUAACUACGAUGAAUCCUCCUCUGGCCCUCCUCUCUUUUGGUUCCCUUCUCUAGAUGAAGCUAAAUCUACUAAUUUAGGCCGCCUUAUGGAAACACAUGGUCCAGAAGUAAUGGGGGCAUCUUACAAGGACCCAAUUGCAAGUUUUAAACAAUUCCACAAGUUCUCUGUUGACCAUCCUGAGAUAUACUGGUCAUUCGUUUUGAGCGAGCUGGCAAUUCAAUUUCGGGAAGCGCCAAAGUGCAUUCUGGAUACCUCUGACAAAUCCAAGCAUGGAGGAACUUGGCUCCCUGGUUCGGUUCUUAAUAUUGCCGAAUGUUGCUUGAUGCCAAGUAGUUACCACAAAAAGCAUGACGACAGCUUGGCCAUCGUAUGGAGGAAUGAAGGACAUGAUGAUGAGGAUGUUAAUUGCAUGUCAUUGAAAGAGCUCCGAGAUAAAGUGAUGUUAGUGGCAAAUGCUCUCGAUUCACUUUUCUCAAAGGGAGAUGCUAUUGCCAUUGACAUGCCAAUGACUGAAAAAGCAGUCAUUAUUUACUUGGGAAUUAUACUUGGAGGAUUUUCUGUUGUGUCCAUAGCUGAUAGUUUCGCUCCCAAGGAAAUAGCGACCCGUUUACGCGUUUCCAAGGCUCGGGGUAUCUUUACUCAGGAUUUUAUUGUGCGAGGAGGCAGGAGGUUUCCUUUAUACAGUCGCGUUGUAGAAGCUGCUCCAAAGAAAGUCAUUGUUAUCCCUGCCGUUGGAGAUGACAUUCAAGUUCUGCUGAGGCCUCAAGAUUUGUCAUGGAAAAGUUUUACUGCUAGUCCUAAUGACCCUUCUAGACCAAGUCAUUACACGCCGGUUUACCAACCAAUAGACUCUAUCACCAAUAUACUAUUCUCUUCUGGAACAACAGGCGACCCAAAAGCAAUACCUUGGACUCAACUCUCCCCCGUGCGAGCUGCUGCAGAUUCGUGGGCUCAUUUCGAUGUCAAAGCUGGAGAUGUCUUUUGCUGGCCUACAAAUUUGGGAUGGGUUAUGGGGCCUACGUUAGUAUAUGCCUGCCUUUUGACUGGUGCUACUAUGGCCCUCUAUCAUGGAUCUCCUUUAGGUCGUGGUUUUGGAAAAUUUGUUCAGGAUUCAAGGGUCACUAUUCUGGGAACAGUCCCAAGCUUGGUGAAGGCUUGGAAAAGCACAGACUGUAUGAAAGGCCUAAACUGGACUAGGAUAAGGGUAUUUGGUACUACCGGAGAAGUCUCUAAUGUUGAUGAUGACCUCUGGCUUACUUCAAGGGCUUACUACAAACCCAUUGUCGAGUGUUGUGGCGGCACAGAGCUUGCAUCAACCUACAUUGCCGGAAACCUCUUGCAGCCACAAGCUUUUGGAACAUUUAGCUCAGCAUCUAUGGCUGUGGGCAUUGUCAUCCUUGACGAAGAUGGUCAUGCUUAUCCAGAUGAUAAAGCUUGCAUCGGCGAGGUUGGUUUGUUUCCUAUCAAUAUGGGAGCUAGCGAGAGGCUACUGAAUGCUGAUCACGAAAAAGUAUACUUUGAAGGAAUGCCAGUGCACAAAGGAAUGCGGCUCAGGAGGCACGGUGACAUCCUUAAAAGAAUCGUUGGUGGUUAUCUUAUGGUACAAGGGAGAGCUGAUGACACAAUGAAUCUUGGGGGUAUUAAAACAAGCUCAGUUGAAAUAGAGCGUGUUUGCAAUCUCGCCGACAGAAAUGUUGUCGAAACAGCUGCUGUCAGUGCGUCGCCGGCAAAUGGUGGACCGGAAGAAUUAGCUAUAUUUGUGGUCCUCAAAGAAGGAUAUGAGAUUUCUAUAGAAGAGCUGAAGCCAAAAUUUUCAAGGGCCAUACAGAGCAGUCUCAAUCCUUUGUUCAAGGUGAGGGCGGUAAGGAUUGUUCCAAGCUUCCCAAGGACAGCUUCAAAUAAGGUCAUUAGGAGAGCUUUAAGGGAUAAAUGGAAGCAGGAACUUCUCCUCCUUGCACACAGCAAGCUUUAAGCACAGGAUGUGAACUACUUGUGAUCUGUCAAGAUUUGAAAGUAUUAUUGAACAAGUUGUUAUAAUAUGAAUGAGAGUGGAAUGCUUGUAUUCUUAUGUACAAACUACAAUGCUUUAUGUGGCCGGUGGGUGUUGCGCAGUUGGCAAAGGCAAGGACUGUGAAGGGGGUAAGACUCGAGUUCGAUUCUUGGCAACUGCACUGGGAGGCAACUGUAUUGUGCAUAGUGUCUCUGCAAGUAACAUAUGUAAGCUUCAUUCUUUGUCACCAAUUUGUAAUCAAAGUACAAUAUCUCCUUUUAGUGAUCGCCCAUCCGGGACCUGAGCUCAUCAUUUUUUUACAAUGCUUUAUGUACUCCCUUUGUUUGGAAUUGUUCUUUCGGAAGGAGCGAGUAACACUCCUAUCUCGGUUUAAGCUCUCUAAUCUCUAUUUGUGUUAUGGGAUUGAUCUUAGUGAACUCUUUAAAAGUUUUGUGCUUAAGGUAUAGUUAGGACUUUGGGAAUAAUGUAAAAGUCUUAUA